AGCCCCCCCACAAGUCUGCGCAGGGUCGCAGAGGCGUGUUGUUGUUUUCAAAACGGCGGAGGUUAUGACUGGCGGGACCGAGUUUCACAAAAGGUAUAAUAGCAACAAGGACCCUGAAUCUAGAAUGGACGUAGACAUGGAUUCCGGCCACAUGGAAAGUGAGCGGGGUGAAUUGGACAGUAGUAUCCCGGCUGCGUGUUCUUCAAACGGCAGCGGCGGGGAAGAGGACGAGGCGGAGGCCGUUGGACGUGCGAGAGAAGCCGGGGGCUCUGGUAGUCAGCACACGCCGGACGGAGGCGGAGUGCUCUGCGGCGGCAGGGAGCAAGAGGUGUCGGUCGAGAUUGGAGAAACGUAUUUAUGUCAACGAGCCGACAAGACAUGGCAUACAGCAGAGGUGAUUCAGUCCCGACUGAAUGAACAGGAGGGCAGAGAGGAGUUCUAUGUCCACUAUGUAGGAUUCAACAGACGCCUGGAUGAGUGGGUGGGAAAGGCUCGUCUGGCACUAACCAAGACGGUGAAGGAUGCAGUGAGGAAGAGCACGGAGAUCGGCGGCGUUGGUGAUUUGGGCGAACAGCCUGAAAGGAAAAUCACUCGCAACCAGAAGCGGAAGCAUGAUGAGAUCAACCAUGUGCAGAAGACAUAUGCAGAGAUGGACCCAACAACAGCUGCCCUGGAGAAGGAACAUGAGGCGAUCACCAAAGUGAAAUAUGUGGAUAAGAUCCAGAUAGGAAACUUUGAGAUCGACGCCUGGUACUUCUCGCCGUUUCCGGAGGACUACGGCAAGCAGCCCAAGCUGUGGAUCUGCGAGUACUGCCUGAAGUACAUGAAGUACGAGAAGACCUUCAGACAUCACCUGUCCCACUGUCAGUGGAAGCAGCCUCCAGGCAAAGAAAUCUACAGGAGGAGCAACAUAUCGGUGUAUGAAGUGGAUGGGCGAGACCACAAGAUCUACUGUCAGAAUCUUUGUCUACUAGCGAAACUGUUUCUCGACCACAAGACGCUUUAUUUUGACGUGGAGCCCUUUAUCUUCUACAUCCUCACUGAAGUGAACAAACAGGGAGCGCACAUCGUCGGCUACUUCUCCAAAGAGAAAGAGUCUCCAGACGGGAAUAAUGUGGCGUGUAUUCUCACGCUGCCGCCGUACCAACGCAGAGGCUACGGAAAGUUCCUCAUAGCUUUUAGUUACGAGCUGUCCAAGCUGGAGAGUGCAGUCGGUUCUCCAGAGAAGCCCCUGUCUGAUCUGGGGAAGCUCAGCUACAGAAGUUACUGGUCUUGGGUCCUGCUGGAGAUCCUGAGGGACUUCCGGGGAACGCUGUCAAUCAAAGACCUCAGCCAGAUGACCAGCAUCACGCAGAGUGACAUCAUCAGCACGCUACAGUCGCUCAACAUGGUCAAGUACUGGAAAGGUCAGCACGUCAUCUGUGUGACGCCCAAACUGGUGGAGGAGCACCUGAAGAGCGCCCAGUACAAGAAACCCCCGAUCACAGUGGACACGAUGUGCUUGAAGUGGGCGCCCCCCAAAAACAAACAAGCAAAGUUGUCCAAGAAGUGAGAGGAGUGACGCCGCAUCUGUCCGUCAGUCAGCCGGUGCACGUCGUCUGCAGAGCUCACCUGUUCCUCACCUGUUAGGAAAACUCAGUGUAAAUAGCCGUUAUUAGCACCUGUCAGUAUUUUCUUAAAUAUAUAUG